CAGACCCACCCAAAAUCUCUCGUCGCAAAGAUCCAAAAGUCAAACCCCUGGGGGCGAUCCACAGUGAUGAACCAUCCGCUGUCGUGCUGGAUGUGCCAUUCCAGACCUCCAGUACUGGCAACUGUUGAACCGCAACUGGUGGUUUGGCAACUCAAUUCUUUCCAAUGCUCAGGCGCAGAGUGACGGGCAGUGCCAGCUUUGUCUGCCUGAGAUGCCGCUUACAACUAGCUGAGACCGCCAUGCGGCUUCCGUUUCCCGCUGCUGCUGUUGCCUCCUCACACCGUAGCCACCGACGUCGCUACGGUACCCAUGGCACCGAUGCCCCGGCCGCGACCGAGGAACUCGACCGGCGCCGAGCCAGCGACCAUGGGAACGACGCGCCCAAUCCCGAGACGUUCUACAAAGCCUUCCAAGAGCUGGAAGCCGGCGACCACAAGAAGGACAAGGAGGACAAGAAGGCCGUGUUGCCCAAAAGGCCGUUACAGGAAGCAGAAAGCGAUGACCACCAGAGAGACUCUGUCUCCGGAAAGUUACGCUUCUCGCAGCAGCGACGUCCAUACGAAUACAAGUCCCGGGGCCGUAUUUUGUCGGCGCGGCAGGAAGGUCUAUCCAUUGACAUCUUGGGCAAGCCUGCCUCUGCAAUUGUCCUGACGGAAACACCUCUCAAACGCGAAUACCCAAAACUGCCACCUGACGGCAGCCAUGUCGAGGUCGAUCCGGCUACCCUUCUGCCGGAUCAAACCAAUGAUGCUGCCGCCGAGGUCCUUAUCCACGAGCUGAGGCCGGUUGACACAUCAGUCCUCAUUGAGAAGGACUUCGUUGCACUCAAGGAUACUCUUGUCAAGGGCUUUACCGUUGCUCAGUUGCAAAAAUACUUUCGCGAAUGGCAUGCGGUGAAGCGGGUUUUGCCAGAGGAGCCUGCCCCCGACGAUAACUCUCAUCCCUGGAUUCUAGGCGCCCCUGAUUGGACGCCAGUAUCGGGGAAUGGGACGAUACGGAUCCCAGAUUCGAGACUUUAUGGCUACGUCUUGCCAGGCAUGACUGGAAAAGAGAGGCUCGCGAUCCGACUGAUGCGCGAAUGCUGGGGUUUGUCCUCUUCCCAGGGGCCCGAUCAGCAGGAUGGCCGUCUCAGCGCCACGAUCCGUGAACUUGAGUUCAACCUGUUAUUGCGAAAUCAGAGACUUCUGGGAACCAUAGCAAGAACGUUUCCUGAAGCGGAAAUCUCGUUUAUCGCAAGCACACACAAUCUUGUUGUCAAGGGGCCUAAGCCCACAGCUCAGGCGGUUUUUUACAGAAUCAACCAGUUCCUCAAACAAGCCCAAACCGAAGAAUUUCCGGUCAGCCUUGUCUCGCCAAACCCGAUCGAGCCUGCCAUUCUCGAUGCGGUCGGAACCCUCACCAACAGCGUGCCCCGCCUCGAUCCCUCGGGGGAGAAGAUUAUGGUCACCUGGAUUCAGCUAUCAAAUCGAGAUAUAUCUUUGGAGAACUAUGCCGAGACCGUUUUCCGAUUUCUCCGCCAUGCGUUUUUCCCAAAGUCGCCGGCGUCUCACUCUUACUCGUUGGAAGUCGUGCCGAAUUCCCUCGCCCGCGGCGGCCGGUACCUCGCUGAAAUCAACUGUGAUCAAAAGUUGCCUUGGGAAGAGCGUUUUAACAUGUGGGAGAGAUGGGUUGCUUCUCUUCCUCGGUCUGAUUCGCCUUCCGGAAGUCUUUUCGAGACUCAUUCCUCAGGCGUCGCUUCGGCAGACAGCCUUCCGUUUCCCCUGGAUCCAACGCAGGCCAUCGUGGAGCCCGGGGAGCGAGUAAGCCACAUGCUGGGGUGGUCUUCGGAACCGCAAACGGACACCUCUGCUGUUUUCGGGCACGUCGUCUUCGCCAGCAAGCAACGCCCUUCUGACCCGCCUCUGGAACCUGGAAGCGAGUCACAGCUGGAUCUCUCCCGUCCGCGCACCUUCGUUCCGCUCCUCCCGCCCCUCGACACUCUCGACCUCCCCAGUAAUCUCCACGAGACGGGUCUCUGGCACUUGACCGCCGUGGUGCGCUUCGCCCCGGAUCCCACCAUGUCCCCGGACCUCGUCAAGGCCGCGCCAGACCUUGAACUCUACAUUGAAAUGGACCACAGGGAGAUCAAGCGCAUCACCCACCUGCGGGCCGUCAUGCACACCUCCACGCAGGAUCUCCUGUUCCCCGGGUGUCCUGUCGACGCCCGCAUCCUGCAGCGUCGCUACUUCACGCUCCCGGGAAGGCAUAUUGAGCGGUACGCCUCGCCAGUCACCGCCGAUUUCAUGCCACUGUGCGACCUGAAACCGAAAAACGCGCUCUUCAAAACCCCUCAUUAUCUUAAGGGCAUCAGUCUCCCCCGCCGCCUCCUCCUGCCGAAAUACGCAGAACUCUCUUCUCCCACCUUAGAAGACAACACUACGUCCCCCACUAUCAACAACAACAACAACAACAAUAACAAUCGCGCCGGCGUCUCCGAAGACACGGUCACAGUGGACUACCGAUUAGCAACCAUCGAGGUCCAGCGGCAAGUCGCUGCCGAGUACGAGGGGCUGAAACUACGGUACAGUCACAUCAUCGCAGGCAAGCGGGGCGGGCUGCGGGCCGAGCUGUCGCUGGAGGCGGCGCAUGUCGACCCGGCACACGAGGACGCGGAGCCCAAGGACGCGGCGCCAGACGGCUCAUCCUUCUUCUUCCCCUCUGACUCUGAGUCACGCAGCAAACGCGGCGGCGGCCACCACUUCACGUCUCACUUCAAGAACGUUCCCAAGGAGGAAAGGGAGCCCCGCCCGCCUCCGCAGCCCGUGGACGUGCACCACUUCCUCCGGGUCGCGUCCGAGAUUGCGAGUGGCGAGGGACGGAUCAAGUGGUUCCAGACGUUGAUUUCUCAAGACGAUGAUUCCUGGUCGUUGUAAGCAUCAUUAGCCGUGUAAAAUUAUCUGUAGAUUAUAUUAUAGAGUUGGACAUCUACAUUGUCGUCAUGUGGUGUUGUAUUCGACUUGAUUUAUUAAGACUGCUGUGAUGACAC